AUGCCAAGACCUUCGCGCGAGUCUUAUGGCGAGCAGAAGCCGCCCUACUCGUACAUCUCUCUCACCGCCAUGGCGAUCUGGUCCUCCAGGGAGAAGAUGCUCCCUUUGGCCGAGAUUUACCGAUUUAUCGCCGACAGGUUCCCGUAUUACCGACGGGACACCCGGCGCUGGCAGAACUCGCUCAGGCACAAUCUUUCCUUUAACGACUGCUUCAUCAAGGUGCCCAGGGGGCCUCAUACCCCAGGGAAAGGUGCAUACUGGGCCCUGCAUCCUGCGGCGCUUUCCAUGUUCGAAAAUGGAUCUUUCCUGCGUCGAAGGAAGCGUUUCAAGCUGCCGAAAGGUGCAAAAGAGGAAAGUCAAGCUUUGGCGGAAACCGCUGCGAGAAUCGCUGCAGGCCACAGCGAUUCCCUGACGGAAUGUCUGCCCCGUUUGGAGGGGUCCAACUUGUAUCCCCAGCAUCGCCUGGACCAGCAUUCCCAGUACCAGCCAGCCGAUCUGACCCAAAGCCAGCUGGAUUUCCUGGGAGCCACGUCGACCCUGACCAGCUUGCACUCCCAAUUUUCGAUGAAGGAUCAUCGAAUCCUGGCGAACACUUCCACCAUGACCGCCGAUCGGCGACUCGGGGUGGACAAGAUGUCUUUUAAUAAGGAAGACCCUCCUUCAGGACUUCCAUUGACGUCAAACCUGGACAGAAAAGAGGCAGAGGUCAGUCUGGUGCCAAAAAAACCAAAGCCGCUAAAUCUCGCUCAGAAAUCGUUCAAUAUCGAGAGCAUAAUCGAGACGAGUGGGUCCAGCAGUGAGCCCUCUAGAGACACCAGCGUGAUCUCCAGCUCACUGCACCCUGGUUCGACGUCGAUCAGCUUGUCGCCCUGGUACAACGGAGCACUUUAUGCAUCCGACUUAACCAACCCCAUUGCAUAUCCCCUGGACCUGCAUCAAGCAGCUGCAGUGUAUGCAACCGCAUUGGCCACGGCGAAUUUGUUCGCGUCGCACACGAUCCUUCAACAACCGGGAAAGAUCUUUUCUGCUACUGGAGCCUGCGGCUCCGGAACAACCUCGCCUUUGUACGGAUUGUACGCAGGAUAUCCGGGUAUCCUGGAGUCGCCCUUUUGCGGGAGUGUCCUGCCGACUUUGCCGCCCGUUUCCUCGGCCCCAACACCGAUUUCAUCCCCCAGAGUCCUGGAUGCACCCUCGAAUUCAAUUUCAGAGCGAGACGUGGUCCCUGCGUUGUCCUUCCUCCCUGGCGCCUGCAAGGACCUCGCCUCGACGUAA